AUGGAGCUUACUCUCCAACAAAUCUAUGUCCACAAGAGGAAGCUUGUCAAGCCUGAUAGGAGACUUAGUGCUUCUGAAUACUCCUUGCUUUCCAUCAAAAGAGAUGCAAGCCUGGCCUCCACUCGCUAUCGAAGGAAAGUUCGCUUCUCAGGGAAACCUGAAUAUCAGAUGUGCUCCUCUGCUCGAUUUUCUUGGCUAAGAAGAUCCGUCAGAUUUGUGAUAACCUGUUCCUUUAUCCGUAGAGCUUCUGAAGAAGAAGAUGGGUUUUCAAGAAUGCGAUAA